AUGUUCGAGAGUUGGAAGGAUAUUCCAGCGGAUACAAAAACAAAGUUUUAUGAUUCAAAGAUAAAGCUACACUUUCUUGUUGAUGAUGGGCGUGACAAAGAAUUCAUACUUGCUUCUGCUGCAAAGAAAUGGAAGGAUGGUCGACAUCAAUUGUUUUGCCAAUUUUAUAGAUGGGAUCCCACUUUGGAGAAAAAUCUUCAAAAUUAUCCAAAAUACAGAGGCAUUCUGAAAAACGAUUGGGCUGUUUUUGUUCAAUAUAGGCGGAAAGAAAAAGCACAGGAAUCGAGAGAUGGACAAACAUACAGUAGAAGAGAAAUGUAUGCAGUUUUUCAUAAAAAGUCUGACGGGUCUUUUGUCAGUGAAGAUGCAUACAAUAAUAAUGAAAAGUUACAAGCUGCAAUUAACGAUUUUAUGUCUGAAAAUGAGGCAUUUCAGAAAGUAUUUGGAAAGGAACAACCUGGAUAUGUUCGUAGUAUAGGACUUGGAGUUAAACCAUCUCAUAUUAAUAGAUCUACAAGAUCGACAUCUUCUUCUGCAGAAAUGAAAAACUAA